GGGCGCCCCGGGAACCCUGGUCCACCAGAACGCGCCUGUUGCCCCGUGGAGCAGGACCCCGCGUGUGCUGGAGGCCAUGGAUAAAUACGACGUGAUUAAAGUCGUCGGGGAAGGCGCCUUUGGGAAAGCGUACUUGGCCAGAGGGAGACUGGACAGCAAGCCCUGUGUCAUCAAAGAGAUCAACUGUGCACAGAUGCCGGUCCGAGAAAAAGAAGCUUCCAGGAAAGAAGUCAUCCUUCUGGCAAAGAUGAAACAUCCCAACAUUGUAUCCUUCUUCAGUUCAUUUCAAGAGAGUGACAGGCUGUUCAUCGUGAUGGAGUACUGCGAUGGAGGGGACCUCAUGAAAAGGAUCAGCAGACAGCAGGGAGUGCUGUUUAGUGAAGACCAGAUUCUGAGCUGGUUCGUGCAGAUUUCUCUGGGGCUGAAGCACAUUCACGACAGGAAGGUCCUACACCGGGACGUAAAGACGCAGAACAUCUUCCUCAGCAAGAAUGGGACGGUCGCAAAGCUUGGGGACUUCGGUAUAGCCAGAGUCCUGAACAAUUCCAUGGAACUUGCCCAGACUUGUGUUGGAACCCCUUACUACCUGUCUCCGGAGAUCUGCCAGAAUAAACCCUACAACAACAAAACGGACAUUUGGUCUCUUGGCUGUGUUUUAUAUGAGCUGUGCACGCUCAAGCAUCCCUUUGCGGCUCACAACCUGCACCAGCUGGUGCUGAGGAUCUGUCGGGCGCACGUUGCCCCCGUCUCGCCACGCUUUUCCCGUGACCUUCGGUCCCUGCUGUCACAGCUCUUCAAAGUGUCUCCCCGAGACCGGCCAUCCAUUAAUUCCAUUUUGAAAAGGCCCUUUUUGGAGAAUCUCAUUGCCAAAUACUCGACUCCCGAGGUCCUUCAGGAAGAGCUCAGUCACCCCCUCACGCACCAGGCAAGACCACCAGCAUCUCGCUCUGCUGGGGAGAUGGUGCAAGGUUCUAAAAUCCGGCAAGUGAGAUCGCAGGGGCGGCGCCUCCCGAGAGCAGGAGUACCGGUGCCAGAGAGAAGGAAGGAGGCCAUCGGCAGAAACGAACGGAGCCCACCAGCCGGAGCCCGGGAGCCCCUGUUUAUAAAAAUGGUGGAAAGGCCCCAGCCUGCUGAAGCGUGUGGCCAUUACGGUUAUUACUAUGCUCAACUUGACUUGUUAAGGAAGAGGAGAGACCGCAAACCGAGUCCCCACCGUGUGCCGCAGAGAAAGACCGGAGUGAAGGGAAACUGUCACCAGGAAGAAAGGCACCGUCCAUCCCCAGGUCAAUGGCCUGCUGAAUUCCUUCAGAGGAGACUUGAAGCUCAGCAAUAUAAGCUGAAAGUAGAAAAGCAACUGGGUCUGCGUCCAUCGUCUGCUGAGCGAAACCACGACAGGAGACAAGAACCGAGAAGCCCUGGAGACGAACCCGGACUCCGGGGGCUGCCGUCCAGGAGACACAAAGCGAAGGAACAGGAAUACUGGAUGCAGUUUGAGGACAUACGCCAGCAGUACCACCACGACAUGAAGGAAAUCCGGAAGAAGCUGGGGAGCGGGCUGGAGGGAGACGCGAAGAUGAGUCACAAAACCUACGUGGUGAAGAGGAGGGACCUGCCCAUCCCCCAAGACGCACCUGAGGAAGAUGCACCUGAGGAAGACGCACCUGCACAGGGCACUGAAAGAGACUUGAAACAAAUUAGACGUCAGAACAUGAAGAAAAGGGAACUUCCGGAACACAAUUAUAAAGCUAAGAGAGGGGUAAAGUUUGAAAUUAAUUUAGACGAAUGUAUUUCAGAUGAAAAUACUCUCAAAGAGGAAGAGGGCGUGGCGGUACUGAAUGAAACGUUGACCUUUGAGGACAGCGUGAAGUUGAGGGAAAACAGCUGUACGAAGGAACGUGGGGAUGACCCAGAGGAAGCGUCUGGAAAGCACGGCCGCUCAGACGCAGGUACGUGCACUGAUGCUGCUGCUGCCAUAGAAAGCAGGAGCCGGUGGGCUGCUGGAGCCCCUCAGACUCUGCUGCAGAUGAUGGCGGCAGCCGACCUCACCUCCCUCGGCGGCACCAUGCCUGAGGACGGCCGAGCGCGGGUGAGCGACGGCGGUCCGGAUGGUCGGAAGCAGUGGCGGCGCGAAGCUCCGGGAACUCUGCUGAGCGUCUGGGCGGCAGCCCAGCUAACGGGCAGCUCGUUUUCUGCCAGCGAAGGAGCAUCUGCAGGGACAUCGGGACAACGGCGUCCUGAAGAAAAUGCACAGAAGGUGGAAAUGGCAGCCGGCCUUGAAGUAGACGGGGACCAGCUGGAACCGAGAUCUGAUGAUGAUGAUGAUGAUGAUGAUGAUGAUGAUGAUGAUGAUGAUACAAAUUUUGAGGAAUCCGAAGACGAGUUGAGAAAUGCAGUAGUAGAAUCCCUGGAGAAACUCAGCGCUUCCGAAGAGGAGGACAAAAAGGAGGCGGCUUCCAGCUUCUCUACGGACACUGCAAACUUGGGCCAGAGAGGCGGCGUGCAGGAAUGCGCAGAGCUAAAGGGAGGUGUGGAGACCGUUCCUACUUUAUCUAACAGGAAAAUUUUUAUUGUUGAUGGAGACCAAGGAACAUCAACCACCAGUCAAAAUAUGCAAGUGCGAUUAGUGUGGUUUUUUUUUAAGCCAUACAUUAGUAUCUUGCCAACAUACGAAACAUUAAAACCCAUAGAGAAUUUUUGUGAGUUUAUUCGAGCCAAACUGACAACAGUUGCCGGGAAGCAGUAUCUCAACAAACUGAGAAAUGCCCUGGGGAAUGAACGGCAGUUUAGCACCUUAUUUUAUACUUUACACUCAAAGCAGGAAGUGUAG